UGUCUUUGUAUUCCCUCUUUUUGAAUUGUAUGCUAGCCACAACAGUACAGUAAAUAUAAAAACAAAAUAAAAAUUGGGAAAAAGUGUGAACAGUAUUAUAGUCAUUACAUAUUUGUGGGACGAAUACACAUUUUUAACUAACCCUUUCCUCAAUUCUCUCAGAGCUCUUCAUAUUUUUGUAUUGUGCUACUUUUGUAGGGUUUUAGGGAAGAUUUGUAGAUGUAGUAAUUGCAGUCAUGUAGGUUGUGGUUCUGUGUUAUUUAUAAGUAGAACAAUAAUUAGUGUAUUCAAAGUUAUAAAGAUACUUAGUCCUUUCACUGAUAACAGAUAUACAUUAGAUUACAUUAGGCCAGUGCUAGUUGAGCCUGCUGGUGUGAUACAGAAUGAAAAUCUACAUGCCAGAAUACAUGCUCCUACACUUAGUGACUAUUUUACAGCAAUAAAAUGCUUUUUUUCUCUGCCAAAUGCUUUGUGUAUUUAUGCACAUAACUGAUAGGCUGUGUUAUAAGUUAUUUGUAAGUCCUAAUUAUAGACAACAUAGUUUUGGUUGUGCUUCCACUUGUGAGUGAACCUGGAAUAAUAAUCAUUUGCUGAUCCCAUAAUGCUAGAAAUCACAUAUACUGUAACUGUUAUGUGUAUUGUUCAGUUUUUCCUCAUGAGUAUUGAGCCAACAGGUACUUGUGUCACCUUAGUUUUUAUCUUAUGGGGUGGGGGAUACUUUUGCAUGUCAGACCAUGAAAAGCUAUAUUCAGCAGCUCACCUGGGGUUCACGCUGAGCUUCUCAGGAGAAGGUGCCAGGGACCACAAGGGCUUUGACUCUUACCUGGCAUCCCUGUUCUGUGCCCCAAGUAAAUGGGCGAUGCUCUUGGGUCCACCAUGGUCACCAGGCCAUGUGUGCAGGCAGCCUUGAGGUCUUAAGGUACCGACAUAUAUGUGUUUUUCACAGUUCACAUGCUGCCAUUGUUAGUGAGGAUGCGCUGUUCCCUCAGUAUCAAAGGAGUUGGACUGCAACGCAUCCUUCAAUGUUACCUGUACCUAAGUUUGUUGUUGCUUAAUUUUUCUGCAAAAUCGAAACUGAAAAAUAGGGUUAAGCAGCGCUCAUGUGAUGGGUACACUUAACGGUAAAUAGUGUUAAUAUAGUUUUUGUGACCUUUACCAGCUCUCAGUUUGGUCAUUACCUUUAAAGCACGUGAAUGAAAAAAAGUUACGGUGGUAUAAUUUUGGAUAAUUAUGAUUAAGUAACAUGUGACUAUGAAAAUUGCAGUAUAAUAUUUGCAUCUGUGAAAGUUGCCCUUUGAGAAUUUUUUUUUUCUGAGUGUGGGACUGUUUCAGAAGCACAGCUACGCCUGUCAUAUGAGGGUGAACAAAGCUUCCUGUUUUCUUUUUUUUUUGUUAACUGUAGAUGGUUGGGGGAUUUUGUUUUCACUCAUAAUUGCCGUAAUCUUAGGGGUCUGUGUCUAAAGGACUUGUGGGCCACUCUACUUUAUAAUAAAUUUGAUGUUAUUGCCGUUUCAGUUGAACGUUGGUUCGGACCUGACAUAAUCUUGAGCUACUUGCACGGUGUUUCUCACUUUCAUUUUGUGGUUCCCCUGAAGAAUAUUGUUUAUGAUCGCUUUAUGACCAGAGGGUGCCUAACAUUUCACAAAGGGCUGGUUGGUUUAAUGAGGCAGUUUAGUAUCCUUGUACAAACAGGGGAAGCAGAGGCUAUGGGAACAUGUUGCCUGUCUGUGUACGAGCUUCGUAUCACAUUACCCUUCUGAGAGGCGUCACAACAAGUAUGUGGGCUAAAUGUCGACAGCAUGCGUGGUCGCAUACAUAUAGGAAUGUGCCCGUUUUGGGAUUUUUUAAAAGACUGUAUUUAAAUAUGAGUGUCCUUCUGGAACCAUUUCCAUGUUAUAUGCAGUAUAUGUUUGUAGAGUUUUAUGUGGUUUUAUAAAUGUACGUAGAAAUCGGUACAUGCUUUUUUUUCACACCUAGCAGAGGUCAGAUAACAGGAAACGGCAGGUGGUCAUCCAUGUGAAUGUGAAUCACGCUCGCACUGCGUUAUUUACAGCGCGGCUGUGUCCCAUAUACCAACUUCCUCACAGAGCCCGCCCUUCCGCCACAGAACGUUUCCCUCUGCGCACGUUUCGUCACCAGCACCCUCGGUGUUUAAGGCAGCUGCCACCUUGAACGUGAGGCGCCUUUUUUGUUCAGUACUCCGGAGUGAGAUCAUGACUGACGGGAUGAGCGUGGAGCUGCCUGGGACUCGCAGGCCGUGUUGGAGUGCCCGGGUUAUUCGGCACGCUGUCUAUGAGCCCUCCGGGUGUGGCAGCAUGCGAUCCCCUUGAGCAAGCCCCCCCCCACCAGCAGGUGACAGGAUGCCGGUGCAGGCGGCUCAGUGGACCGAGUUCCUCUCUUGCCCCAUCUGCUACAAUGAGUUUGAUGGGAGUGGCCACAAGCCCAUCAGUCUAGGCUGCUCCCACACCGUCUGCAAAACCUGCCUGCACAAGCUGCACCGCAAGGCCUGUCCCUUCGAUCAGACAGCCAUUAGCACGGACAUUGACCUGCUCCCUGUAAACUGCGCCCUGCUGCAACUGGUUGGAGCUCAGGUGCCAGACCGCCAGCCGGUGUCACUGAGCAGUGUGAGUGAGAACAAACACUAUGAGGCAUGUCGCCAGUGCGUGGAGGACCUGGCACUGUACCUGAAGCCCCUCAGUGGAGGGAAAGGUGUGGCGACCCUGAGCCAGAGCACGCUCAGCCGGCCCAUGCAGCGCAAGCUGGUCAUGCUGGUGAACUGCCAGCUGGUGGAGGAGGAGGGCCGCGUGCGGGCCGUGCGGGCGGGCCGCUCCCUGGGCGAGCGCACCGUCACCGAGCUCAUCCUGCAGCACCAGAACCCCCAGCAGCUGUCCGCCAACCUGUGGGCGGCGGUACGGGCGCGCGGCUGCCAGUUCCUGGGGCCCGCCAUGCAGGAGGACGCCCUGAAGCUGGUGCUGCUGGCUCUGGAAGACGGCUCGGCCCUGUCCAGGAAGGUGCUGGUCCUGUUCGUGGUUCAGAAGCUUGGGGCCCGUUUCCCCCAAGCCUCGAAAACCAGCAUCGGCCAUGUGGUCCAGCUGCUGUACCGGGCAUCCUGUUUCAAGGUGACCAAGCGCGAUGAGGACUCAUCCCUCAUGCAGCUGAAGGAGGAGUUCCGCACGUAUGAGGCGCUACGGCGGGAGCACGACGCCCAGAUCGUCCACAUCGCCAUGGAGGCAGGCCUGCGCAUCUCGCCUGAGCAGUGGUCCUCGCUGCUUUAUGGCGACCUCGUGCACAAGUCCCACAUGCAGUCCAUCAUCGACAAGCUGCAGUCCCCAGAAUCCUUUGCAAAAAGUGUCCAGGAGCUGACCAUUGUUCUUCAGAGGACGGGAGAUCCAGCCAACUUGAACAGCUUAAGACCUCAGCUGGAGCUCUUGGCUAACAUCGAUCACAAUCCAGAUGCCGCCUCCCCGACGUGGGACCAGCUGGAGAAGGUGAUGCUGGCAGUGAAGGUGGUGGUCCACGGUCUGGUAGACUUCAUCCAGAACUUCAGCAAGAAGAGCCACGAGACCCCACAGCCGCAACCAAACAGCAAGUACAAGACAAGCAUGUGCCGCGACCUGCGCAUGCAGGGUGGCUGUCCCCGGGGGACCAACUGCACCUUCGCCCACUCCCAGGACGAGCUUGAGAAGUUCAGGAUGAGGAACAAGAAGAUCAGCAGCACUGGCAGAAACUUCCCACCUGCCCAGAUGCCUUUAGGCAAAGGGGGGGGCAGUGUGACGAGCACCCCUGCAGGGGGGGUUUCUCCAGGGGGCUCAGAGAGCGCAGAGAAAGGAGUGUUGCUGAUGGAGGGCACAGCCCCUCCCCAGCUCAUCCCUCGGGGUGGGGAGACUCUGGAUGAACAGAAGAGGACGGUCCGGAAUGGAUCCAAUGGAGCGGCUGGUCCCGGUGGCCCCUCUUCCAGCCAGAGCGAGCAGAAGACCGUAUCUCCUCCGAAGACACCGGUCAAUCACAUCUCAGCUACCUCACCUCAUGUCCCGAGCUCCACCGCGGACAGCAGCUCCCCACACCCUAAACACGGGCCCUACGUCCUCAGGGGCCCCCUGUACCCUCCGCAGUCGGACGUUUAUUACCAGGAACAGAGGGCAUCUUUUGAUACACCGUCGUACCCCCAAUCCAGUAAUUACUAUACCUCCGCAGUGCCCCCACCGAAACCGUGUGUCGCUCGCUUCCUGCGCUCCAGCAACGUGCCCGAGUCCUCACUGCCCCCGGCCGCGGCCGGAUACCCUGAGCAGCCCCCGUCCUUCUCCUUGCGGGAGAGGCCACCCCCCUACGGCCCCGCUCCACAGUACGGCCAGCUGGCGCCAGCACACGGCAUCUACGCCCCCGUGUACGACAGCCGCCGCCUCUGGCGGCCGCAGAUGUACCACCGAGAGGACGCUCGCAGCAAUUCCCUGCCCCCUGAGGUGCUGCACUCGUCCGUGUACCAACCGCCUCUGAGGGAGCGCUUCAACUCACUGGACGGACCUUACUGUGCCGCUGGGGAGCAAAGGGCCACGCUGCAGAGGGACUCCUACAACAGGGUGGCCCUCGGGUAUGAGGAGCUGGUCCGCCGCAAGCCGGAGCAGUGGGCCUCCCAGCACGGGCCCGGGCCUUCCCCGUCCUCGCCCCUCUUCACAGUCGACUUCACACCAGAGCUCUCAGAAAGCGUGGGAAAAGACUGCGUGGGAUGCAAGGAGAGCCUGAGCCAGUACUCACCCUGGUCCUGUGGUACCAUCAGCUCCUGCAUCAGUACCGCGGAGUCAGACCUGCAGGGCGUCAUGGCGACGAAUGUCUCCGAGCUGCCGCAGGACCUGGAAGGCUGCAGCGUGAAGCGAAGGCUGCACGGCCCAGAACCCUACCGCAGGCCCAAAGAAGAGGACCCCAUCAUCCCAUUUGGAGAAGGGCCCAUCAUCUCCAAGUGGGGCGCCAUCUCUCGGGCCUCCCGCACGGAGUACCACACCACCGAGCCCGUGCAGGCCACGGCCUCCCAGAGGGGUGCCACCACCACUCCCAUCAGCUUCCGAGAUUACGGCUCCUACAUCAGUCACUGCGACUACAGGUGGAGCUCCCACAGCUCCGACCCCCCCUGCCCCUCCAGCUUCCUCGACAGUGACCAGCGGGGAGUCCCCGGGCUGAGAGCCCAGCGCCAGUCUUCCAGCGCCGAGGAGAACCGCAGCGCAGACGCUCUACAGGCUGACGUCUGUACGGACGGCGUGGACGGCGAGCCGGACAGGGACAUUGAGCUGGAGCUGUCCGCCCUCGAUAUCGAAGAGGCCGGCUCGCAGGACGACAAGACCCAGGAGUCGCUAAGAGCAUCCUCUCAUGGUACCCAUCUCCCCGACGGCCCAGUGUCCGGCAAUGGGCACCAGAGGAGCCAACCGGACCCACUCUCAUCGGACAAGAUGGGGGCUCACCUGCUGAAGAAGAUGGCCUUCAGGAAGCCUGUCUCUCCCGACAGGCACGGCUCAUCUGGGCUCUGCGUCAGCAAGUUAGUCAUGAAGACGGGGCGAGGUGAUGUCCCCCAUCCCAGCACUGGGGCUGAGAUGCUGCUCAAUGGUAGCUGAGGGCUGGGGGGAGGGGCGGGAGGCGGGGCCACGCAAAGACUCAACCUGCGAUGUCGCGCGGCCUGGCACGUAACUCGGGAUGGAUGACCCACAGCCCUGCUGUCACGGCGACUGUGCUGUGUAGGCUGCACGUAGUGUUGCAUUCUCAAAAAUGCGUCAUAUUUCCCCGUUUACUGUGGGUCAUUUGGUUACACAAAAAAAGGCCCUUGGAGUGUGUUUUUUAAAAAACUGUAUUUGCCUAUUCACUUUCCAAUAGCUACAGAACUUGGAUGUUACCAUAGAACUCAAUGAUAUUAGCAGUGCUGUACGAGCUUUGCUGACCAUUGGUGUACUUUUCAAACACUGGAUGGCUUGAUCUUAAAGUAGCGGGGCUUUGCAAUCAUAUUCCUCAUCGAUAGUGUGUUUUAUUAUUAUUACUUUUUUCUGUUCAUUGUCUGUUCAGGAAAACAGCGCCCUCUCUGGGGACAGUAGUAGCAAUUUUAAGAAAAGAUUGGUUUUUGCAGCAAUUUGGCAUGACCAAGCAAUGAAUAUUAGGGGCGUGUUCAUCAUGGCUGGUUUUCGGGGCAUGUCACAUCUCUGAUGUUCCACAGAUUUUAUGUUUUUUUUCCUCUUUUCCUGGUCUGUUGCUGUUAAAGACAUAGUUAUUUUUCUCUUUAUCAAGAGCAGUUAAUGGGUCUACGAUCCAUCUAAAUAUAAUGAUGCAUUAUAUAUAUUAUAAACUAAAUCAUUAUCUACUACAAAAUUUUUGAAUACGUUUUUGUGAAUGAACACUUUUUUUUAUUGAUAACUUUCCACUCUAUUUGUGCCCUCUAGGAUGAUUGACCACUUUGUGUCCUAUGGCUGGGAUAGGCUAUCACAAUCCUGUACCGGAUUAUUGUUUGGAAAAUGGGUACAAAGAUCAAUGGAUGUUGUCUUGAAAACAGGAUAACUUCCUUUCUUCGUGCUAAAUCAGUACUACUAAGUGUGUGUUCUGGAUAUAAAGUGGUCAUAUUUGUGUGAAUUUUUAACAACAACAGAACAGGUACUUCCCACCAUCAGGACGUGUCUGCGCCUAUGGCAGUGUUUCCCAACCUGGUCCUCGGGGACCCACAGACAGUCCACGUUUUUGCUCCCUCCCAGCUCCCUGCCAGACAGUCCACGUUUUUGCUCCCUCCCAGCUCCCUGCCAGACAGUCCACGUUUUUGCUCCCUCCCAGCUCCCUGCCAGACAGUCCACAUUUUUGCUCCCUCCCAGCUCCCUGCCAGACAGUCCACGUUUUUGCUUACCAGGAGCUGGGAGGGAGCAAAAACGUGGACUGUCUGCAGGUCCCUGAGGACGAGAUUGGGAAACACUGUCCAAAUGCAUAAACAGCCAUGACACUUACAGCCCUGACAAGAAGGAUUUUUUUUCUGCGCCAUGAUGUUCUUGCACAUUUCAAGCAUUUUCCAUCUCUGUGGCUGGGAGGAGCUGUCUGACUGGGACAGACAGUAUGUUCAGGGGACAGAUGUGACACGUGUAACCAAGAAAGAACCCUCAGUCCAGCACCCCUGUACCCGCUAGGCAACUCAGUAGAUAUGUCAGCCGUUUUCAGGCUCGUCCUUCGUUAGUUUUUUUGUUCAUAUUCCUUAUUUGAUCCGACUUGUACGUUUUCAGUGCUAGUCGAGAGGAAGUUCUUAAAAGCACUUAUUUAGCAAACAGCAGAUGCUAUUUAGACUUUUGCACAGUUUCUUAAUGGUUGCUAAUUGCUUAUGAUUGUCGGUUCUUUGUUUACACUGUUGUGCAAAAAUGCAGGACAUAACCACGGCACUAACAGCUAAUGGAGAAUAACCUGCCUGGCUGUAGAUUCUGUGCUGAAUACAGUGCAUUCAUUAUUGACAUUAAACAGGAACAGGAGUAAUGAUUUUAUUCUUAAAUUAUAGAGAUAUUGAUGUUCAUUUUCAAAAUGGUUAUUGAGUAACAUUAAUGAGUAUAUGUAGGCUGCACAUGAUGUGUAUUCUGUAUUCCUAUAGGGGCAGCGUUGUCUGUUAUCACAGUAGCCACAAGAAGUAUCUAAGGUUAUUGUAAACAUCACUAGUACCAAAAGCAUAUUUAAAACUUGAAUAUCUGUGUUCUGGAUAUUUUUUAUUUUACUCGAACUGCCCUCGUGACACGCUGCGCACACUCAGAGCUUCUUGUAUGCGUGCAGGUGUGAUGUGAUGACAGGGGAGAAACUCCACUGGGAAGCAGAGACGACGGUGUGUUACGUGCAUUACGUGCAUCCGGCCCGGCAGCAUUAAAGCGGAUUCCGCGAUCACUCUGACAGGACGGACUGCUUUGUUGUUGUGAAUGUGUUAAUAUUCUAGUUAGGCCUCAGCAUAUGCUUAUAUUCGUGAGGUGAUGCUCCUCCCGGGUGACAGGAAUUACACCAGAAGUCACCGUGAAGCUGAGCAGAAACUGUCAGAAACCAAUGUGUACCACGAUGUAAACCAGAUAGUCGUCGUUAUAGCUUCCGCCCUCGUUUCGUCUGCCCCCUAGCCAUGUCACUGUCGGCCACCGCUGCCCUGUCCCAACGCUCUGGAAAAAUUUGCUCUGACUUUCUGGGUUUUCUGUAUUUUAAAACAUUCUAACUUCCGUGAAGUUGUCCGUCAAGAUAUUUUGUAUCAGGAUUUUUUUUUUCCAUCAUGUUUUGAAAUUGUGUUUCGUGCUGAUUCUGUGUGGUUCUCUUGCUAGCUGAUUGACAUGGUCCAUAACACAGAAAUCAUAGCGCUGACCAGACCAAUCACACAUGUCCCGAAGGGUUAGCGGUAACUUAACUGGGAUUGUGUAUGUGGCAUUUCGGAGGAGGUUCUCUCCUGAAGGGGCAACAGGGAUCCCUGAAGGUGAAGCUGAAUUUCCAGGUACUGAGCGAAACAUUUAUCGUAGACUUUCUUAGGGAAGGUUAGAACCAACUUGACCAAUCCUCCACAGGCCCGUUAACUGACCCUAGAUGAGCUCAUGUAUGCUAUGCUGUGUGGUCUGGACACAUUCCUGGAGACUGGAUGUUCCAGGACUUACUUAUUCAGGAUAUACAUGGCCACAUGCUCCUGUAUGGAAUUUACCAGCUCAUUAUGUGUGCUGUAAAUUUCUUGCUAAAACUUACAGGCAUGAUCUGAGAUUUUAAAUAUAUUGAUUUGUUCUGGACUGUGCAUGGAAUUUUAUCAAAGCAGUUCUGCUGUAAUCCUUUGCAUAUGUAUGAUUCUGUGUGUCCUUUUCAUUGCGAGGUACAGUCACUUUUUUCAAUGAACCUUUGCAUUAAGCUGUUAUGUGAAUGCAUAUGAGUUUUAGACAACUUGGUAGGUACUGAGAGAGAUUUAAUUUGUCUUUUUGACAAAACAUAUAGAUUGCAAUGAGAAACAUUUUUAUAUGAAAAGAAAAUGGGACUGUGGAAUUAAAUAUUAACUGCAGUAUUCAGGUUUUCAGUAAGUCUUACUGAUCUCAUCUGUUGAAACUAAAGCACUUCUACUCAUAUAACACAUACUGUUCAUAAUUAGAGUUGGUGUGAAGUGUGUAACUCAUGGCUGUCAGUGUGUGGAAACAUUAAUAGAACACAAUUGUUUUUACUGUUGCUAUUACUACUCUGACAUCAGGAUUUUUUAUGUAUCAUGGAACAGUGUAUGUGCCAUACAAAACCUCAGGCAGAAAGGCAAUUAAAAAAAAAUACACGAGGCAAAACCACUCACACCAGAAGAUUGGUCAAGUUGAGUGCAAACUGGAGCAUCCAGACCAGAGUUCUGCCUCUGGUUGUUGGAGCUGAUUAUCGCAGGGGUUACCAAAGCCAAGUACCUACAACCCUCAGGAUAGAGCCUCCUUUUUACAGCAUCCUCAGCAAUAACGGAAGGCCAAUGCAAAUAUUACGUAUAAUUAAUACUGUGUAUAUAAUUUCGGAAUUCACCCUGUACAGCAAGAAGAGUUUUAUUCUUUUUUAAUUCGUUACACUGGAAAAGGUUUAUGCUAUGUGGAGUUGCAUAGAACACAUGGGGUUUACAGAACGUCUGUGCAGGACUUUGGAGGUUUAGAGCCACGAGUGCACCGGGUAGAACUCGAGGCCGCUCCGUCUGACCGAAACUGAUCCUGAUUGCAGCUCCAGGCCCAAGGCCUCGCAUUCAGAGAGCGAGGCAGCGCUUCAUCUUGCCAUGUCACACACAUCCCCACCCCGACGCGGGCGGAGUCCAGGCCGCGUCCUUGUGGAUGCGGACCCGGGCCGACCGAGGCGACGUUGUGCAUGCUGUCCCUUAGCUGGGCGAUGGAAGACAUUAUUCUGUAGUUGUGAUACAACACACCUGCCGUUGUACAUGUUCUGCACAUGCCCACUAUGUGGCCACGUCAUGUAUCGUGGUUAGCUUGCAGCAUUUACUGUCUGCUUUUAUAAUGUUUUAUUGUAUAUCAUAAUUAUUAUUACUGGUAGUAUUUUAUUGGAAAUAAAAGAAGUCCUCUUUUUGUAUUGUUUGAAUUUUAAAAAUUUGCUUAGCUGUGAUUGUUCUGGAGUUAGGGUUGGAAAGACGAGAAGCUUGUUUGUCAAUUGUACAACCAGUAACGGAGCUGAUGUUUGAAUAUUUUUACGUCUGUAUUAGACAUUUUCUUUGCAAAUCUAUUGUUCGAUUGAAUUGUAAAUGAAAUAAAAGAUGGUACACAUCCGUCAUUGUAUACAGCUGGCACCAUCGUUAGAUGGACUUACUGCUCAUUUUUAUGACAUAAUCAGCUAUAUUUAAAUAUAUAAAAUAUAAAAAAAUAAAUAUAAUUUAAAACAAAAAAAAAAACUUUUCAGGAAAGUGGGGUAUGCCCAAAUUAAUGAUUUUUAUUCCAUUUAUUUCUUUUUUCUUACCACCUGUGAAGGUUUUUGAUUUUGCAUUUUGGAUUACAAUGCAAGAUGGCCUCUGGCUUGUGUGUUAAAAUGUGGCACAUAGAAAAAAGAGUGGAUUAUUUUUGUUAAAUGUUUGCUCUAGCACUAACAGGCCUGUUUUCCUGUAUGGAGCAGAACGGUAAUAUGAAAUAAAAGGAGACUGCAGUAUCUGAAAUGUAUUUGCAUGCAUAAAAAUAAAGAUGCAAAAAAGUUCA